AUGUUUAUGCUGCGCAAAAUCUUCAACAUUCGUUCAUCUUCCAAGAAAUCAAAGAAGGACAAAGCUCAAACAGACCAUACUUAUUCUUGCCUGGACAAUGCCUCGGCUGGUAACGAUGGCGACGACGCAGAACUCAGUGAUGGUCAAGACACUCAAGGCGAAGAAUCGCGACCAGCAGAAAUUACAGGGCAAAUGUCAUCACCUCGUUACCAAGAUCCAUUAGAGUACUGUGAACACAUCCAAGGAGAGUUCAAACGUGUGCAACAAUCUGUGGCUACAAAAACAAUUGAGAAGUCUCUUACCGAACAGCAGUUGAUGGAAGAGAAGGAGAUCCAGCGCAAACAACUUGCAGAGAUCUUCCGACUAAUGCAAGAGCAAGAGGAACGCUUCGGCAUCGGUAGCAUGGAUGAUAUGAAGGAACAAAUGAAACUGUAUGCUUUGAGUCAGCAGAUUUAA